GAGACGAUCAAUAUACAAUCCGUCAAAAAAUUCGCAAUCUGGAUUUUAGCUAUGGGAUGUUUCGGACGCACGGGGAAAUCGAACAAACGAUCGGAGACGAAGAACAACGAUUUCACCAAAAAUAAUAAACUCGCAAUCGACGGAAACUGCAUUCGUAAGAACGUUGAUCAGACGCAACCUAGCUCAGAUUGCUUGAAAUUCAGUCAAUGUGGAGAUGUAAACGACGAUAUAGCUGCUAAAGAGGAUCAAUUAGCUUUAGAUGCGAAGGAUUUGAAUGUUGAAGAUGAAGUUUCAGGGAAGAAAGCACAGACUUUUACCUUUGAAGAACUCUCGGUUUCUACAGGAAACUUCAGGUCAGAUUGUUUUCUAGGUGAAGGAGGUUUCGGAAAAGUUUACAAGGGUUUCAUAGACAAAAUCAAUCAGGUUGUUGCAAUCAAGCAACUUGACAGGAAUGGUGCACAAGGAAUCAGAGAAUUCGUGGUCGAAGUAAUGACACUAAGCCUCGCUGAUCAUCCCAAUCUUGUAAAGCUUAUCGGAUUUUGCGCUGAAGGUGUUCAGAGACUCUUGGUCUAUGAGUACAUGCCACUAGGAUCUCUUGAAAACCACCUCCAUGAUCUUCCUUGUGGUAAGAAACCGCUUGAUUGGAACGCUCGGAUGAAAAUAGCAGCUGGUGCAGCGAGAGGUCUAGAGUAUCUUCACGAUAUAAUGAAGCCUCCUGUGAUCUACCGUGAUAUUAAAUGCUCGAAUAUCUUGCUCGGUGAAGACUAUCACCCAAAACUCUCUGACUUCGGAUUAGCUAAAGUCGGACCAAGCGGAGACGAAACCCAUGUUUCCACAAGAGUUAUGGGAACAUACGGAUACUGUGCUCCUGAGUACGCAAUGACGGGUCAGCUCACGUUCAAAUCAGAUAUCUACAGCUUUGGAGUUGUGCUUUUAGAGCUUAUAACCGGAAGGAAAGCGAUUGAUAAUACAAAAGCUCGUAAAGACCAGAAUCUUGUCGGAUGGGCGGCUCCGUUGUUUAAAGAUAGGAAGAAUUUUAAGAAAAUGGUUGAUCCGUUGCUUGAAGGGGAUUAUCCGGUUAGAGGAUUGUACCAAGCGCUUGCGAUAGCUGCAAUGUGUGUUCAAGAGCAGCCUAGUAUGAGACCGGUGAUAUCUGAUGUGGUUAUGGCUUUGGAUCACUUAGCUUCUUCCAAUUAUGAUCCCAAUCACAGGAGAAAACAGUGUAAUGAGACAGAGACAAAAGUUGAUGGUGAAGAGAAAAGAGUGAACGAAACUAAAGGUUGUGUUGAGGAAGAGAAACAAGAGAUCAAGAUGUGUUCAGAUGAAGCAAGUUAAUCAACGACGGUUCUUCGUUUGUUUUUUUUUGGUUUAGUAUGUAGAAUGCUUCGUUUAAUAGGAGCAACAAUUUUGGU